AUGGCAGAAAGUAAUGAUAUAACUAUAAGAAAUGCUCGUGGCUAUAUUGGUGCAUUUGGUUCUCGUAUUGAUAAAUUAGCUAAUGAAACUUCUGUGGCUGCUGGUAUUACUAUAGUACCAACUUCACCUUAUCAUAUAACUUUGAUAACUAAAGAUGAAUUACGUCAAUUGACAACGGAUUUAUCAGAUAAAAUCGAUACUUUAUAUGAAAACGGAACAAAAAUUGAUACAAAAAAUAUUUUUUCACUUGGUCUUGGUGGUGAUCCAAAAGGUGUUUGCUGGGUUGUAAUUAUAUGGAAUGCUGGAAAUAUUUUUCGAAAAAAAUAUGGUUUAUCUACAAAACAAUUCCAUAUAACAUUAAGUAAUACUGAUGAUCAUUCAACUGAUAAAAGUCUUUAUUCAUUACGUGAAACAUUCUUAACUGAAAAUCUUGAUUUAAAUACACUUGAUCAUCUUGUUUUAUCAUAUAAUCUAUCUGAUCAAUAUGAUCAAGUAUUUAUCUAUGCACGAGAAAUGUGUAAUCGUUUUCCUGAUUCAGAAAAAAGUUGGCUUCGUUUAGCUGAUAUUGCACGACGAAAUGAUCAAUAUAAAUUAGCUAUGUUAGCUUAUGCACGAACAAUACAGCUUCUUAAUGGACAAGGCAAUGAAAAAGUUCAAGAAUAUUGCUCAAAAAAAAUCUUUAGUUGUGCUUCAAUAUAUACAGAAUGGGGAUGUCUGUUUGGUGAAAAUGAAUUAGAUCAAAUUCCUGAAGAAUUAAAAAGAUAUCUAUUAACACCGUGGUCACAAGUAAUUCGACAACGUUUCGUUAAUAUUUAUUCAGAUGAACAACCACAAUUUAAUCAAAAUCCACGUGAACAUCUUAUUAUGCCGUUUACUGAUCCAAGAGGAAGACAUCAAAAUUUAGGUAAAUAUUUAUAA